GGCGUGAAAUACAAGUUUAGGGCCCGUGGAGUCCUGCACCAGUCUCCUCGCGCAGGCGCGCCGAGGGCAGUUCUGGUGGGGUCCUCGUAGCCGCCCAAGAUGGCUGCCUCCGCGCUGAAGGCUGUGCGAUCCUGGGAGGGCCUGGCCCCGGGGGUCACCUGCGUUGUGUGGCGUGUUCCAGGGCUAACCCAGGUGCGGUGGAGCCGCUAUAGUCCGGCCUUCAGGGAUCCUUUAGUUGAUAAAGAACAUUACCGCAAGUCCGUGGCCGAGCUCACCGAGGAGGAGAAAUACGAGCAGGAGCUCAAGAAGACGCAGCUCAUCAAAGCAGCCCCAGCGACGACGACAUGCUCCGUGUUUGCAGACCCAGUGAUCAGUAAAUUCACCAACAUGAUGAUGAAAGGCGGAAAUAAAAUCCUGGCCAGAUCCCUCGUAACCCAGACUCUGGAAGCUGUGAAAAGGAAACAGUUUGAGAAAUACCAUGCUGCUUCUGCAGAGGAACAAGCAACCAUUGAACGCAACCCCUACGUCAUCUUCCACCAAGCCCUGAAAAACUGUGAGCCUGUGAUUGGCCUCAUACCCAUCCUCAAGGGUGGCCAUUUCUACCAGGUCCCUGUGCCCCUGCCUGACCGACGUCGCCGCUUCCUGGCCAUGAAGUGGAUGAUUACUGAGUGCCGAGAGAAUAAGCACCGGCGGACACUGAUGCCAGAGAAGUUGUCACAUGAGCUGCUGCAGGCUUUUCACAAUCAGGGCCCCGUGAUCAAGAGGAAGCAGGACAUGCACAAGAUGGCUGAGGCCAACCGUGCUCUGGCCCACUACCGCUGGUGGUAGAGGAAAAGGGGCAGCUUUGAAAGAAGCCCAAGGCUCUGUAUCUCUCUGAAAUGGACUGGGUGUUAAGGAUGGAGCUCCUUUUUGAGAAUGAUGGAGACGCAUGUUUAUUGUCCAUUUACCCUUUUUCACUGGAGUUAGAACUGGCUCUCUGUGUCCUGUCGCCUUGUAAAGAGGAAACUUGGGAAUUUUCCCUGGGAACCUCAGGGCCUAGUCUUCCCUUUCCUUGGCUCAGGACAGACCUUUGGAUGCAAAAGGAAGAUACUGUAGUAGCAGAAGAUUUAUUAGAAAGCCCUCUCCCUGAUACAGAAGUACCAUCGAUUCAAACUCAUUGGAGGAAAUGGGCUUCUCUCCACAGUGGUCCUUAUAAAAAAUGUAGAAAAAGCA